AUGCCAUUCCAGCUAAGCCGUCGUCUCGUGGUAGCUUCAGUGCGACAAAUACGCGUCAGAAUUCCGUGCAGCCGAUGUUAUUGUUUGUACGAGAGCUGCCGGAGCUACCGACAGACGCCGUCUCUCUUUCCUCCACGUAAAAUUUCCCAGGCAAAACAGAAGCCGUUGUUCCCUGGCAUGUAUCGCACGGUGAGACUGUUUGAUGGUGAGCACACAUACCAUUACGGCCGGCACACCUACACUAUCAUGCGGGAGAGCCUCACAUUUGCCAUCAUACCACUUGGUUGCGUAGCUGCUUAUGCCGCCACUUACUUUGAUCCCUUUGCGGCGGUUCCACUAGAACUUCAAGGGGCUUAUCUCGUAUUUCUUCUUAUUGGUUCACGGUUGUACGCCCGCGGUCGCAGUUGUCGGACCGUAAAGGAUCUUACGGGUCGCCAUGUGGUUGUUACGGGCGGCACCAGCGGCAUUGGGAAGGAAACGGCGGCCCGACUUGCUGCAGCGGGCGCCGAUGUAACUGUUUUAGCCCGUAGCAGCUCUCAUGCUGAGGCAGCGAUAACCUACAUAAGGCGUUCCGCUCAUUGUGAAGGACAAGUGGUGCAAUUUACCCCACUUGACCUCUCAGACUUUCUUGCAGUGCGCGACUACUGUAGGAGACUUCGUCAUACCAACACGCGACUAGAUAUUUUGGUCAACUGCGCUGGGGUUAUGCACCAACGGCAAGUGAUGUCACGCUGCGGUGACGAUGAACAGCUGGCUGUGAACCUGCUUGGGCCGUACCUAUUGACAGAAGGACUCCUUCCACUUAUCGCAGAGAGCGGUGGCCGGAUUGUAAACGUUUCGUGCUCUGCCCAUGUAGCAGUGAGAGGAAAUAUUGUGCAAACGUACCUUUCGGGUCGGGGGGUGUGGUCUCCACGAGUGCGUGGGAAGUUCGAUGGACUUGAACAGUAUGGGCUCACAAAACUUGGCUGCAUUUACCACGCACAAGAACUCGCUAGUCGUUCCUACCACUCCACAACGAAAGGAAAUGCAUCAUUUUGUCCAACCGAUACGUCCCACCCCUCACUGGGCUCAAGUGCCAUCAACAAAGGUAGUAACUUAAACCUUUAUCAUUACAAACAUAACAGCGGCAACCGAGCGAGUAAUAACAACGACAGCGGAGACGGGGGAGGUGAUGAUGAAGCUGGCGCGCCAAAUUACACAACCUGUGUGGCCGUCCCAGGUGGUGUAGUGACUGGUAUAUACCGUUAUGUGCCUCUUGCUGCCACAUUUCGUUGGUUCCGUUGGAUAUACCUCCUCUUCAUGCGUAGUGCCCGUGAAGGGAGUCAGACAGUAGUGGAUUGCUGUCUAAGGGAUGAUAUUGUGAAUGGUGGGUACUAUCAGAACUGUCGCUACGCACCCAGUGGACUUUCCGCCGCAGCCUGCAACAUAGAAGAGCGGAAGAAUGUUCUCACGUGGGUGAGACGUAAAAUGCAACCAUAUAUGCAAUGGGACAGAUAA